AUGUCCGUAAUCGGUAAGCGGGUUUGGGCGCAUGCGCGCGGGUCAUCGUAUGCGCGAUUUCGCCUGCGGACAGCGGACGAACCGAAAUAAAUCGAACGACGCCGAGUCGAUCAGCGGUACGGCGUAAACUGGCGUAAACGAUAAACGGCGUUCGCAGGACGUGCGCGUUUCGCGUUAGUGAUGAUCAAAACGGACCGUCGUCCUCGCCGUGAUCGCUCGUGGCACAGCACGCAGACGAAACAGCCGUGAUCCGCGAUCCGUGUUACGACUGUUACGACUCGCGAGGCAGAGGGAAGAAGAUCGAGAACCCGCGUCGUCGCGCUCCGCCGCAGCGGUCACGGAUGCAUAUGGAGGUAUCAUCGUUAAUGCAAUUUAGAGACGAGCACUAACAAAUUCAUCGCGCAAUUCACGAGGUGCGAUCGAUAUGCUGUCGGCACGAAACGUGUAUUGCAGCGUGCUAUAACAGUGCUUCCCGAACCAAUGUCAAAUCGUUACUGUGUCCCCGAACCGGCGCUGUCUGAACCAGCUCAACAGCUGAUCGGAGCACGAAGCGGCGGUGAACGGGGCUACUAUCGCACCACCACCCCGCGUUUCGGAGAAAUUCACUCUCGUGUCGUCUAGGUAAAAAAUAAAAACAAGUCUCGUAAAUCUCUUGGCGAAGAAAGAGAUCUAUAUUCUUCACCUGACACGAGGAGAAUAGCAGCAAGGGCGAAGUGUGUUUUCGCUCGCUUGGACACGCCAUCAUGGUGAAAACUUUUCAAGCGUAUCUACCUUCCUGUCACCGCACUUACUCGUGCAUUCACUGCCGUGCUCAUCUCGCCAAUCACGACGAACUCAUCUCUAAGUCCUUCCAGGGCAGUCAAGGUCGUGCCUAUCUCUUUAAUUCUGUGGUGAACGUAGGUUGCGGCCCCGCGGAGGAGCGAGUUCUGUUAACUGGGUUGCACGCUGUCGCUGAUAUCUAUUGCGAGUGCUGCAAAACCACCUUAGGAUGGAAAUAUGAGCAUGCGUUUGAGUCAAGUCAGAAAUAUAAGGAAGGAAAAUUUAUAAUCGAACUUGCCCAUAUGAUCAAGGAGAAUGGAUGGGAAUGAAAAGCAGAGGGAAAUAGAAGAAGUUCCCUGUGCCUCUCAUCAAACUUUUCCUGAUGACGCCUACAACGUUGUUCUAAUUGCAAUGUACGGCCCCUCUCUAUUCGAACCACCAACGAAAGUCUGUGAUUUCAUUUGUGAUUUAUAAUCUUAGUAAUCUUCGUUUCGGACAAUUCAAAUACAACAUCGGUUUGCUUCUGAUCAAAUCGAGCAAGCAAAGGUAUCGCGGCGAUCUGUAUUCGUCGGUGGACACAUCACCAAGUAUUGUAAAGAAAUUAUUUUUCAAUGGAAGAAAAAAGUAGAGUAAGAUGACAAUGUCAAGUAAUGGUGGAACAUGACGAUGAAGGUGCCAUGGUGGAAAUAGAAAAGCGAGAUUGCUCGGUACGAGCAGUGGGGUGCCCCCCCUCCCUAAUUUUGAUUCAUUAUCUUUGUAGACAUUGCGUGCAGUCGUGUGUCGACACUGAAUGUGUUAAAAAUUAAACGUGCGGGGCACCCCGACAAUCAGUUUUAUCUGUUUUACGCACCGGAACAGCGGAAGUGCCACAGACUUUGCUGGACUGAUUGCCUGCCUGCCGCGUCUGUCAUUGGAAUUUCACUGCCGAUAUUCCUAAUACUAAUUAAGAAUGCUACGCCGUAUUUAGACGGCGUAGUGGUAGUCCUAGUUUAGCAUACAUUAUAGAAUACUAAAGCCUAUAUUACAUAAUUAUAGGACUUCAUGGAUGUAGAAAAUAGGAAUGAAUAAGAAUAAUGGAGGCAAGAAGAGAGGAAUAGGGG